GCGAGGGGAGGCGGCGGUUGCAGUUUUGGACUCGAGUGUGAAGCGGUGGCGGCCGCACGCGAAAGGACCGUCAGUGGGCUUUGCAUAGCUGGAAUGGCAAGCUGGGUGGAAGUGUGAGCUGGUAUCCUGGAAAGUGCAUAAUUUUCUCCUAACAACUUACAGAAGUCCAGGUCUCUGUACUGACCAGAUGUCGUCCCGUAAAGGAUCAAUAACCAGUCAAGGAAAUGGACCUUCAAAUAAUGUCAGAGACAGGGAAGAUGUGGAGCUGGCUGAACUUGGACCCCUGUUAGAGGAGAAAGGUGACCAAGUAGCAACGAAUUCACCCAUUGUUCAAGACCAGCCAUGUCCAGCAACCCAAGAGGAAGAAGAGGAGGAGGUGCGGGUGCUGACUCUCCCUUUGCAGGCACAUCAUGCUAUGGAGAAAAUGGAAGAGUUUGUAUAUAAGGUUUGGGAGGGUCGCUGGAGAGUCAUUCCAUAUGAUGUGCUGCCUGACUGGCUGAAAGAUAAUGAUUACCUGUUGCAUGGACAUCGGCCCCCCAUGCCGUCUUUCAGAGCCUGCUUCAAGAGCAUCUUCCGCAUCCACACUGAGACAGGCAACAUCUGGACACACUUAUUAGGUUUUGUGUUAUUUCUUUGCCUGGGAAUUUUGACCAUGCUCAGGCCAAAUAUGUACUUCAUGGCCCCUCUUCAGGAGAAGGUGGUGUUUGGAAUGUUCUUCCUUGGAGCAGUGUUGUGUCUCAGCUUUUCCUGGCUUUUUCAUACGGUCUAUUGUCAUUCAGAAAAGGUGUCUCGGACAUUUUCCAAGUUGGAUUAUUCUGGAAUAGCUCUGCUAAUCAUGGGGAGUUUUGUUCCGUGGCUGUACUAUUCUUUCUACUGCUCUCCGCAGCCUCGACUUAUCUACCUCUCCAUUGUAUGUGUGCUGGGUAUCUCGGCAAUCAUUGUUGCACAGUGGGACAGAUUUGCAACACCUAAGCACAGGCAAACAAGGGCAGGGGUGUUCCUGGGACUGGGGCUGAGUGGUGUGGUCCCCACCAUGCAUUUUACCAUAGCAGAAGGGUUUGUAAAAGCCACCACUGUGGGUCAGAUGGGCUGGUUUUUCCUAAUGGCCGUGAUGUACAUAACAGGAGCUGGGCUAUAUGCUGCCCGAAUUCCAGAGCGCUUCUUUCCUGGCAAGUUUGACAUCUGGUUCCAGUCACAUCAGAUCUUUCAUGUGCUCGUGGUGGCUGCAGCCUUUGUCCAUUUCUAUGGAGUCUCCAAUUUGCAGGAAUUCCGUUAUGGACUUGAAGGAGGAUGUACUGAUGACUCUCUUCUCUGAGAACUUUAGAGGACUUUAGUACAAGCUUCCCAAGUGCUUUUAGUUACUUCUUUGCUAAAAUCAAAAGAAGACUGAACUUUUAAAAAAGAAGUUUGGCAUCGUUGGCAAUGGCCAUUCCUGGCUUUCCUUCUCUCAGGAAGAUGGGAUUGGGGGGUGGGGGUGGUUUGCCAACGGUAUCUACUGGGUGGAAGUGCCUCCAGCAGCAAGCCCCUUCUUAACAAGUGAGUUGAUUACUCACAGGAAUUACAUUCGUGUUUCCUGGACAUUAGAGAAAUUCUGGCACCUGGCAAAAAAGGAAAGGGGCUUGUAACCUGUUCUUUGAUGCUGCACACAUAACCCAUGCUUGAAGAAACUCUAAAUGUUUGUGACCCAUGAGAUACCCAUUUCUCCUUUGGACCUGUAAAAGAUAAGUUGCAUUUGUGUGGUAGGGCGCUGGCAGCUCAUAGCAGGAGAGCUCAGAGGAGGAUGUGUAGGGCCAUUUAACUAGAGAUUUGUCUCUUUCUUGACAAAGUAAUGUAAACCUAAAAAGAGUAUUUAAUAUUUAAUAAGCUUUAAAAAAAGUUGCUAUCUCUCUAGCAUAUACUGGAGAGCUGUUCAUGGUAUUACAGGUAGGGUGUUUAGAGGAUUGUAGAGCUGCUGUUGCUUUUAUGACACGGUGACUGAAAUAAAAGGUCUGUAGCUUUUAAUGCUGGGCAGCUCAAGGGUUCAGCUCAAAUGCCUGCAGAUAAUUUUUUUCUCCUGGAGGGACUGGAUGGGUUUUCUUUCCUUGAGGCUACACAAAUCAUCCUACUGGGUCUGCAGGUAUGGCACUUGCAAAUGUUCUGUGCUUCUAUAUCAUUGGCCCUAUGAUUAUCUGGACGGAAGUGCAUUGCUAAUGUCUUGUGUUCUCUGCAGCCAUUCAACCUAGUCCUCCCCCCUCCCCCCUUAAAAACAUUCAAAAAGCAGCUUCUUGCAUAGCAUUGCUGACUGUUUGAAGCUCCUGAGUUUCUAAAGUCUUUUAUGCUUUCAGAUACAGUGGCUUCUGGAAGAUAGAGGGGAAACAGGUGAAAUGAAAAUCCAGCAACAUAUACCGACUUGCUUGCACAGUUCUUUGCAUUGUGGCCAUGUUGGGAAGCAUAAGGGGUGGACUGUCUUCCAUCUUCUUGAUGGCUUAUGGUAGAUCAGCAAUUGUAUGCCCUUCUUCUCUCUACCUCUUAGACAUCCUUACCAGAAUGAUCCUGGCAGAAUAGCCUUCUUUACUUAUGUGCCUGGGAUCUGCUUUGUUUAAGAAUUUUCAAAAAGGUGGAUUCCUUUUAGUAUUUUAGAAGCGUUGUGCUUAAGCUUCUCCACCCCCUUUUAAUGAAAUUCUCUGGUCUGCUGUGGAGUAACCUCCUGUUGCUGGAAAUUAUGAAAUUUGAGCUCUUUCUUCAUUUCACCAUUAAGAUUUCCUUGUUAACAUGUACAAUUUGACUGUUUGGUGUAGUGGUUAAGAGUGGCGGGACUCUAGUCUGGAGAACUGGGUUUGAUUCCCCGCUCCUCCGCGUGAAGCCAGCUGGGUGACCUUGGAUCAGUCACAGCUCUUCCAGAGCUCUCUCAGUCCCACUCACCUCACAGGAUGAUUGUUGUGGGGAUAAUAACAACAUACUUUGUAAACUGCUAUGAGUGGGUGUUAAGUUGUCCUGAAGGGCGGUAUAUAAAUUGAAUAUUAUUAUUAUUAUUCUCUUUUGCCAGCGGAAGUUGUGAGCUGGACUUCUCUUUCACCUGAUAGUGGGAAACCUCCCCCUUUUUCUAUAGGGGAGACCUCCCACCUCCCCACCCCAUUGAAGUAUGCUUUAGUCUUUCUCCUUUGUGCUUGCUCUUAGGCUGUAGGUAAGAAUAGAUGCUGCUGGUUAAAAGGCCUUGCCUGUUUUUAUGCUAGUUAUAGGUGGAGAUGCACAAAAAUUGUCAGUCUGGAUUUAGUGGGCAGGAUGGAAGCUGACCCUGCUGGUUACCUCUGCCCAAUGUCCAGUUACAGGAACUAUUCAGAAGUUCAUAUCAUAUUUUACAAGGGAGUCCAUAUGUGCUUGAUUUUAUAGCCUUAUAGUAAAUCAAUUACUCCCUGCUGAAACCAGGUCUAAAAUAUGGUUAGUUAAUACUAACACACGUACUGUAAUACUAACACAUAUACUCUAAACAUUGCUGAACGUGUCAAUUCCAGUUCUAUUUCAGCUUGAGUUUGGUGGGGACAGUAAGUGAUUAAGUUGUAUUUGUAUCAAGUUGAAGUAGGUCUAAACCUCCUUCAAGGAUUUAAUGUUUUGUUGGUGCUGUUGUGCCUCACAAACUAAUCUCCUAAAGGUAGGAUCUGUCCCUUUCAUCUGUCUGAAAGAAUCAGCACUUGUUUUUAGUGACCUUUUUUAUAAGAAUGAAUGUCACAAACCAUCAGCUUGGUGAGAGAGGGCAACCUGUUGCCAUGUGUAUUGCUACCCAGAGGUGAUUGAAGAUAUUUUCCCUUGUGUUGUAAAAGUCCUGUACGUUAUUUGCAGUUAGCUGCCAAUAGGCUAAGCAACUAAAGUGCAGUUCAGUGAAUCAUUUGAGGGGCCAUUUCUGUGUAGUAAAGAAACUCACUAGCCCUCUAGAACCAUUAAUUUUUUUAAAGAGGAAAACCACAUCUCUCAAGGUGUAGAUGGUUGUCAUGAUUCUUUUUCUAAGUUAUUCACUGAGGAAAACCCAGCCAGGUUUUCAUUUCAAUUACACAUGUACUGUUUAAGAAUGGUACUUGUGCUUAUUCCUGUCCAGCAGGGAUUUUAUAAGAGUACUGCUCUUCCUUUCUUACCCUUAGUUCUGAAAAAGUGUGUGGCAUACUAUAUUUUAGGGAUUCUGGCCCCAUACUUUCACCUCCAUUCCGGCCACCCCAAGAAGGCUGAACAAAAUAGACUGGUGCAAUCUACCUCAAGCAUACUAAAACGCUAUCAGUUUUGGUUAGUCCUUUGCCAGAUGCUUUAGAAAUUAGAUGCGGUUAAGCUAUGGUUGAAUCUCCUGCAGGUAACAGCUGCAUUCUAGCUAGGUCUUGUUUUCUGUAAAGAGCUCUGCAAGCUUAACCAUGUUUCUGCCAGAACAAACUCAUGAACAUUUUUUUACUUCUGAGAUGAGCCGACUCCUGCACAAUUCCACAGCAAUUAAUUUCCUUUCCAUUUGGGAACUUGGCUGGUUCGCAUUUUGGACUUCCUGUUCAAUGGAAAGUAUAAGAAAUUACCCUUCAGUGCAUAGUCCAUGAAUCCCAUGCUGCAGGCACUAUGACUAGUGCUUGCCCAACCAGUACCUGCUCAAGAUGAGCACAGGACCAGCAUAUGUUGGGAUCAAAAUAUCUCCCCAAGGGAAUUCCUUAGCUUCAACCAUUAAGAGGGCAUUGCAGCUGUUCCUUUGCCUUAUUUUUUCCAUCUUCCUAAAUAGUUUUUGUAGCCACGCUGAGUAUACAUUGUUGAUUUAGCAUUGCACACUAACUAGGAAGGUUUGUUUAAAGUUUAAUCCUUAAGGUUGUGUUCUAGAACUCUUAGGAAAGUGAAUGGAUCCAAUUCUGCAAGAGAAACUAACUGAAAUAGUUAAAUGUCAAGGAGAUAGUAACAGCACAAGCAUCUACCCUUAAUCUGAAAAGUAGUAUGAGCACAGUGAGUGGAAAGAUAAAAAAAGUCAAGUCUUCUACAAAGAGCCCAAGAAUCCUCAUCACUUAAAGGAGAUGAAUUUGAUAUCUUCAGCUGAUAAUUUUUUGUAGAUCUCAAUUUAACAGGAAGAUCAAUCUUGUUACACUCACCUAAAAUGGUAUGGACUAGAAAGGAUUGGGACAGUAUUCCUGAGAAAGACGUCAUUUUGCAUGUUUUAGUACAACCAAGCAAUCUUGAGUACAUAUGGCUUGUUUAAUUGCUUAGCAAACAGAAUACUACUAUGGAAAGAAAAACAGAAAGCAGAGAGGCAUUUUUGCAACCAGUAAAAAAAGUGCCGUUAUAGUAACAAAUUUUAUUGCACAAAACCUUUGUAGCUGCUAUGAGGUAGCUAUUUUUUAUGGACACAAAAGGCAGGUGCGAAAUGGAACUGGAAAGGCUAUUUGAAGGUAAAUUGAGGUAUUGCAUACAUUAACCGUGUGACUCAAAUGCCCUAACCUCGCUAAAAUCAGUGUCAAGUUUGCUCAGUCAAAGGGGGAUAUUAAAAUUGUUAGAGGGCAAAUGUAAGUAGUAAAAGCAAAUGUAACAGAGAAAUUUAGACAACUAAUUAAAGUAACUAAAGAAAAUCUGAAAACUGAUUGUUGAGGGGAUUAACAGAUUAUUGCAAAAAGACUCCAUUAUAAUUGGACUAAUGAUAGAGAUUUAUUGCUUAGAUGUAAAUGUUCAAAUAAGAGAAACAGAUGUAUUCAUUAUUUUCUGUUGGGUAUACGCAUAACAGUUUGGUAACUAGGGGAAAUUAAAUGAUGUUCAGAUGUUUGAGCAAUAAAUAUUUUUAAAUUAGUAGAUCUUGAUGACUGUAACAGUUCCAAUGACUUGUCAGCUAGGAAAGAUCUUAUACUUGUAAAAAUACUUCUGCAGCUAGUAAAUUUUACCGAGGUAAACAUAAGAACUGUAGCAGCUAUUGACUUGUCUGACAAGGAUAAGCUAGUACCUUCAGUGUGGUAUAUGUCAAGACCACAAAUAUGUUUACCACAGGUCUACAUUUGACCUUGUUCAUCUUCCUUAUGUACCCUAAUUUAAACAGAUUGUAGAAUUAUACUGUAAUAGAUAUUUAUAGUGAUAAAAGAUACAUAGAAAGAUCAAGGAAUGAACUACAACUAGGAUCAGGAUGUUUACUACAACAAGUUGCUUGGAACAAAUAGCGUUAUUUCCUAUAGAUUUCUUCAGGAUUUUUCUGAAAAAUCUAGAAAAUUAGAUGACACAGAGAAAAGUUCUAGCUUGGCUUUCCCCUGACAUCUAAUUCUCUGUCUUGGUGUGUGUGUGUGGGGGGGGGGGGGGUUAAUCCUAGGAGUUCCCACUUUCAGUCUUAAAUUGUAGAACCCUGCUACAGAUUUUUAAGAAAACAUAUGAAGAGGCAGCAGAUAAUGCAAGUCAAAAUCAAUAAUUGAAAUUAACAAACCAUUAAAACAUCUUUAAAAGUUUCAAAGAGGGAAGGUACACUUAUUGAACACAACUCAAAAUAAAAAUAUAUAAUCAGUGUAACAUGGUACAAUACAGAGACAGCUGAAUUAGCAGCAAUAAUUUUUAUUCCACUGUGCACAUUUACAAGCAUACUUCUUUGCAAAACUGAACUCUGAGCAAAUGGGAUCAUUACUUUUCCAGUAACAGCAAUAUAUUGCCUGAAAUUUUCACUGGACUGUUUUUAUUCUACAAGGCAGCCAGGAAGAAAAGGAGAAUUUUUUCUUUCCUUGUGCAAUGACUUGGCCAUCACUAAAAACAGGCAUAUUCAUAAUUUACUUAGAAAGUCCACUGGAAAAAAGAAUGAGGUUAGGAAUACCAGUUAUAAAAGCUGUCAUUGGAUUGGAAACCUGGGGCAGAAUAGACUUUGUGUGCAAGUUACAUUAUCUGAUUGUCCUUAAUACUCCAUUCUCUUACAAAAUGAGUACGAAUCAAAGUUCAGUAGUUUCACCGCCUAGGACAAUUCUGGAAGAAGUCAAUUUACAAUGCAAGAUACUUUAUGCUACAAAGUGAUUGGAAAUAUUUCUGUAAU